GCCGAAAACGGCGUCGUUUCGGUCGUCUUGGAUAUAACAUAUACCAAAGUCAAUUUUAAACCCCCCCUCGUCUCAACUGUAGAAACCGAUCAAAUUGAUCGGUGAUCAGAAGUUGCGUUCUUGGAUUCUUCACCAAAAUUGUUCUGAUUGGCAGCAUUUUAUGAGUUUGGAAAUGGAAUCAAAUAAGGAUCCUGAGAAUCAGCUCAUGAUUGAAGGAAAUAUUGCUCAGCAUAUGAAGAUCGAUCCGGAGAGAGCUCGGUUUCCAUGUUGCAUUGUGUGGACACCUCUUCCUGUUAUUUCUUGGCUUGUUCCUUUCAUUGGUCACAUUGGUAUUGGUAGAGAGGACGGAGUAAUCUUGGACUUUGCUGGCCCCAAUUUUGUGUGUGUGGACAACUUCACAUUUGGAGCUGUCGCACGGUAUCUUCAAAUCAACAGAGAUAAGUGUUGCAUUUCGGCUCAUAGAAGUGAAGAAGAAUUGAGGGAAGUUGAUCGUAGCAGAGAAAUUUCAACAUGGGAUGAUGCAUUGCGCAGGAGCACUCAAGAGUUCCAACACCGAUCCUACAAUCUCUUGACAUGCAAUUGUCAUUCCUUUGUGGCUAAUAAUCUGAACAGACUUGGCUUUCGCACAGGUGGAUGGAAUGUGGUGAACCUUGCAGCUCUGAUCUUUCUCAAGGGUCGCUGGGUCAGUAAAGGAGCUGUUAUCCGAACGUUCUUACCAUUUGUUGUGGUAUUCAGUAUUGGACUCGCACUGGGGGAUACUACGUUUCUUACCUUCUUGGCAUUCUUCACUUUCUUCUUGGUUGGUUGGUUCAUUCUCGGUACUUACGUCUUCAAAAAUUUGGUUCAGUUGUAAAAUGUAUUACACAUUGGAUUCUGCGAGUUAAGUGAAGGUCAAUUGGUUUUCUUUGA